AAAAUACGAAUAUUGUUUAUAUAUUUUUUUCUGUAUAUUGAAAGUAGUUAAGAAUGAAGUACAUGCUAAUACUGUUUUUACAGUUACUUUUUAUAAAUGUUAACAAUGCUAAAGAAAUUACACAUGAAGAUAUUAAAGAUGCAAUGUUAAGUUUAGUGCACAUGAUGCGAGAUAACACAGAUAAGUUAGAAAGACAUGAAGCACGAGAACGUCAAUUAGGAGAGCAGUUAAAGAAGGCAAUUGCAGUAUUGACAAAGCGUGUGUCAACAGCUGAUGCCAUAAAAUUACAGUUAACUAAACUGGAUGAAAAAGUAGUUGGAAUUGAACAGUUAAUUUUACAGAAAAUUUAUAAUUGUAUAUUAUUAUUUGUAACAUACUAAAUACAUCAACAAAUGCAAAAAACUGUUGAUACCUUGGAAGAUUUAGAAAAUCGUUUGGAAGGAUGGUUCACAGAUAUUGAAAACAAAGUAUCUGAAGUAAAUACUCGUGCAGAUGUCACAUUACCUCCAGUUGACAGUAUUUCUCCAGUUGUCUCGAAAUUAAGUGAUGUAGAAUCAACAUUAAUAGAAAGAAUUUCAAAAACAGAGUCACUUUUGAAAUCUGAAGCAAUAAAAUUAAAAGAGGUCUCAAAUAUUCAAUCAGGAACAACACAAGCACUAUUGACAGAGAUUCAGGAUAUUGGUUCGAGACUCAGUAAUCUUGAAGUUUCAUUGGAAAAAGUUAAAGAACAAUCACAAAACAUUAAAAAAAAAUUACAAGAACAUAUUUUUACCAGAGGAAUUAAUGUUAUUGAAAAUAAGUUAGUGGAAACUAAAGAUGAAACAAAAGAUACUAUAGGAGCGCUUAGAAUGGACUUGGCAAAUAAUGCUGAACAUUUGAAUCAAGAAUUAAAUAAUCUUGAAAAAGGACAAUCUGUAAUGGUUUCAAUGGCUGAUCAUGUCUUAGAUACUAAAAAAAGAGUUGAAUAUGGUGUACAUCAAAUUCUUUUAGAAGUAGGAGAUUUAGUGAAUGCACAAGGUAUGAAUAUUAAUAAUACUCUUAAUCAAAGGUUUGAUGGUAUAUCAAAUGACAUUAUGGAUAAUCAGAAUGGAGCUUUGGCAAAUUUAACUACUAAAAUGGAACAAGAAAUGAAUCAGGUAUGGCGACAAAUAAAUGUCAUGUACCAACAAAUGACAGAAAGUGCAAAAGCAUUAGACAAAUUACAUAAGCAAAAUGAAGAAUAUGUUAAUGGUACAACUUCAACCAUGGGUGGAAUGGAAACUAAAGUAAGCGAAAUAACAAAACGCAUGGCCGAAGUUGAUAAGAACCUAAAUUAUCUAUUGGGACGACUCUCAUUAGUGACACAAGAAUUUAAUGAAAUCAAAGCAGGAUUAGGUAAUGCGUUAGAUAAUAUUAAGGCAUCAUUUAAGGAAGUUCAAGAUAAAACAAAUGAUUUGAGACAUCCAGGACCACAUCCAAUACCUGAAAGCUAUAAAGAAUUUAAUGAAUCUGAUAAUAUUAAACCAGAUGGUAAGCCUUCACCGGAAAUUGUUAAACAUAUUUUUAAUCCUCAAAUUAAUUGA